CCAAGAGAUACCUCAGGAUCUCUCAGCCGCCAAUCUGGAGACCUUGUAUAGCACGGCCGACUUCCCCUCCUCCCUUUCGGGGGGAGGAGGAGGAGGUGGUCCCUCCUCCUCUAGACGCGAUAUGUCGCUCGCUUUGCUCGACCGAUCUCCCUCCUCAGGCGGACUAGGAGGACUAGGCGGAGGACUAGGAGCACUAGGAGGAGGAGGAGGAGGAGGAGGAGGAGGUGGACUUGACUUCGCCGCCGGGCAAUUGCCUUCUCCUUCCAGCUCGCUCGACCUUGUGUCUAGCUCCUCGCCGACUCAGCCUCCUUCCCGAUACAAUGCACAGAAGAGGCGCGAUUGGACUACAUUCGGCCAGUACUUGAAAAACCACCGCCCUCCUGUGCUCAUCGGCAGAUGCACCUUCCAGCACGUCGUCGAUUUCCUUCGGUAUCUUGAUCAAUUCGGGAAGACCAAGGUUCAUCUAGAGUCGUGUCAGUUUUAUGGGUGCAAUAAUCAGAACAACUGUGGGUGUCCAAUGAGGCAAGCAUGGGGGUCGCUGGAUUCGUUAGUGGGGAGGCUAAGGGCAGCCUAUGAAGAAAAUGGCGGGAGAUCGGAGACGAAUCCAUUUGGCGCGAGACAGGUAAGAUCGUAUUUGAGAGAUGUGAGAGAUGAGCAGGCCAAGGCUAGGGGAAUCGGCGGGAAAAAGCGAAAGAGGCCGGCUAAUGCUAAUAAUAACACGGCUCUUAGUCAAGCGCAAGGAGGGUCAGGGGCAUCAGGAAAUGCGUGAGGAUAACGACGACGACGAAGAAGAAGAAGAACAAACUUUAACUUAAAGA